UCUACUGCAGCUCAGUUUCAUCUCUCCGUCUCUGUUGCCGUAGCAAUCUCCUCUCUCUCCCUCAGACCGAGCAGCAUAACCCCCUGGAUAACACACGGACGGAUAGACCUGGCCUUUAUCGCUAUAAAGAUGGAUCCACCGUGGAAUAUCCAGAGGUACUGCUGUCACUACAACAACCAGGCAACACAGACAAUGAGUUACCAUUCCUGAGGUGAAUCCGUGCAGAGUUACUGCGGUACUGAGGUGAACCCGUCCAGAUUUACUGCGGUCCUGAGAAAGGAAGAAAGGGUUUGUCCAUCUGCCCAGUCCCCCCCCUUCCCCUAGCUGCAGUAAAAGGGGUGUGUCUGUUUGUCUGGCCCCUCCCCCUGGUUGCAGAAAGGGGUGUGUCUGUGCAUCGGUGUACAGAAAGGGGUGUGGACUGGCCUGAUGGAGGCGGGACAUCCAUCACCUGACAGCAGUAGUGAGGAGUGUACAGUACUGGAGGCUCUAUCGGGCAAGGGACUGGACUGUCACACACACACUGGCAAGGUGACCGCGCUGUACUGUUCAGGGUGUGAGGUGUGUGUGUGUGAGGAGUGUGCGUCGGGGGAGCAUGCAGACCACCCCACGGGACCGUUAUUAGCAGCUCUGGAGACACACAGAGACGGCCUGCAGGAGAGACUGACUGCUGCACAGAACAGACUGCCUCAGAUCUCGGAGGCCCUGGUGUCUCUGAGAGAGAUCCUACAGCAGCUGACCAAUCAGAGAGCUUUGAUCGAGGAGGACAUCCACGUCAGCUUCGAAGAGCUCCACAAGACCCUGGACGUCAGGAAGAGUGUUCUACUGAUGGAGCUAGAGGUCACCUAUGGACUGAAACAGAAGGUCUUGCAGGCCCAGCUGGACACCCUACUCCAUGGCCAGAGGGGUAUCGUUGACACAUGUACCCAGACAGAGAAGGCCCUGAGCGGGGAGGCCAGUGCCGCGAGCCUGCAGGCUGAGAGAGGCCUUGGAGAGAGGCUGGGGGAGCUGGCCAGCCAAGGGCUACCGUUCCAGGCUGAGGAGAAUGAUCAACUGGAUUUACUGAUGGAGGCAGAGGGGUUGAGAAAGUCUAUCCACAAACUGGGAACUAUCAUCACUACCAGCGCGGUGGCGAGCCAGAGUGAGGCGUCGGGUGUGGGACUGGAGCAGUGCAUUGUGGGUCUCCCAGCCUGCGUAACCAUAACGACCAGAGACAAGGCCGGCGGACCCUGCCGGAGCGGCAAUGCCAUCCUGUCUGCUGAGGUGUGUACUCCAGAUGGUAGCGUGGCGGACGGGGAGAUACUCGACUACAAGAACGGAACAUAUGAUUUUGUUUACACCGUAAACAAGGAAGGAGAGUUUUCAUUAGCUCUCCGGCUCUAUGACCAACACAUCAAAGGAAGUCCCUUCAGACUCAGAGUUACCAGAUCCCCUGACCCUGAGGAGUCUCCUCCCACCACCACAGCCACCUCUCUGACGGCCACCGCCACCACGUCUACAGGCUCCUCUGAGGGGGCUAAGCGGAGAGGAAAGUCCCCUGGGUCUGGGAGUAAGAAGAAGGGGUCCAGGAGGACAGGCAGUGCCCUGGGGACACCCAGACGCAAAGAGAACCCCAUCGAAGAUGAUCUUAUCUUCAGGAUCGGUACUAAGGGGAGAAAUAAAGGAGAGUUUACUAACCUGCAGGGUGUGUCAGCGUCCUCUAGUGGCAGGAUUCUAAUAGCAGACAGCAAUAACCAGUGUGUCCAGAUCUUCUCUAAUGAGGGGGAGUUUAACAGUCGUUUUGGGGUGAGGGGUCGGUCACCAGGUCAACUCCAACGACCAACGGGUGUGGCUGUUCACCCCAACGGUGACAUCAUCAUCGCCGACUACGACAACAAGUGGGUCAGCAUCUUCUCCAGCGAGGGCAAAUACAAGGCCAAGCUGGGCUCUGGUAGGCUAAUGGGACCGAAGGGCGUGUCAGUGGAUCAGAACGGUCAUGUGAUCGUCGUUGACAACAAGGCAUGCACCGUCUUCAUCUUCCAGCCAACCGGCAAGCUCGUUUCUAAAUUUGGUAGCCGCGGCAAUGGAGACAAACAGUUUGCAGGUCCUCAUUUUGCAGCCAUCAACAACAACAAUGAGAUCAUAGUGACAGACUUUCACAACCACUCAGUCAAGGUGUUCACCCCAGAGGGAGAGCUGCUGUUGAAGUUUGGAUCUAACGGAGAGGGCAAUGGUCAAUUUAACGCUCCUACAGGCGUGGCCGUCGAUGUGAACGGGAACAUCAUUGUAGCCGACUGGGGCAACAGCCGCAUACAGGUGUUUGACAGUAGUGGCUCCUUCCUGUCCUAUAUCAACACAUCAGCUGACCCUCUCUACGGACCUCAGGGUCUGGCUCUCACCUCUGAUGGACACGUGGUGGUGGCCGACUCUGGGAACCACUGUUUCAAGGUCUACAGAUACCUACAGUAAUAGAGGGAGGGAGGUAUGGAAGAAUGAAUGGAGGGAGAAGAGAGAUGGAGAGAUGGACAGACAGAAUCACUGUUUCAAGGUCUACAGAUACCUACAGUAAUAGAGGAGGGAGGUAUGGGAGAAUGAAUGGAGGGAGAAGAGAGAUGGAGAGAUGGAUGGACAGAAUCAUUGUUUCAAGGUCUACAGAUACCUACAGUAAUAGAGGGAGGGAGGUAUGGGAGAAUGAAUGGAGGGAGAAGAGAGAUGGAGAGAUGGAUGGACAGAAUCACUGUUUCAAGAUCUACCACUUCCUGGUGUGAACUUAAAUAACGACCAGUCAAAUCAGCACCUCUCUUUGCACUGACGACACGUCACUCAUUUGCCUUACUAUUAGCCAGAGCUGCAGAGUGAGAGCAUUGGUCCUGGGACCCAACAGACCUGAGACCUAGCUCUCGGCUUGCCAAAAUGAUGUCACAGCUCCCCAUCCCACCGUGGAAACCUGCUUAUCCGACUCAAUAUCAAACCAAUCUCAACCUGUUUAUCCGACUCAAUAUCAAACCAAUCUCAACCUGUUUAUCCGACUCAAUAUCAAACCAAUCUCAACCUGUUUAUCUGCUCUUAAACCUAUGGAGUCUACAGAACAAUAUAUAGAUUGUUCGUAUGGGUUCUAGAGAACGAUACAGAUUGUUCAUAUGGGAUAUAGAUAAAUGUACGUUCUAUAGAAUAAUAAUAUUGAUGGUUCGUUUGAGGAUUGUUGUCUGCAAAAUCAAUAAGGAAUGCUCAGUACUGUUCAACAACGUGGCUAUGUGUCACGGUUGUGUGGAGAGAUGGACCAAGGCGCAGCGUGCUCUGAGUUCCACAUCUUUAUUUUUGUGAAACUUCGAAAAACAAACAACGAACCGUAACAGAAGAGGUGCAGCAUGCACUAACUCAAAAUAAGAUCCCACAAAACACAGUGGGGAAAUGGCUGACUAAAUAUGAUCCCCAAUCAGAGACAAUGAUGUACAGCUGUCUCUGAUUGGGAACCAUACCAGGCCAACAUAGAAAUAGAACAACCUAGAUAACCCACCCUAGUCACACCCCAACCUAACCAACAUAGAGAAUAAAAGGCUCUCUAUGGUCAGGGUGUGACACUAUGGUUAUUCUAAUACUCCACAGAUAUAUCAAUAAAUCAAUCAAUCCAUUCAUUAUUGAUGAUUGGUUGAUUUGAUUGAUUGAGCUAAAAGGCAACUUGAGACUUUACACUUGGAUGAGGUAUUUAUUCAACCAUCCAAUUUUUCUGAAGAAAAAUAAUACUGGGUGCUUUCCAAAUUGCUCCCUAUGCGCCCAGGGCAAUAGUAGUGCACUACGUAGGGAACAGAGUGCUAUUUCGGAGACGACCACAGUUGCAAGAUAACAUGGAAGAGUAUAUAUAUUUGGGAAUUCACUUUAUUAUUAAUACUGAUCAAUAACCUUUUGCAAACUAACUAAUCGGUGCUGUUUUCACACCCUCAUUCGAAAAAAACUAAAAAAUAUGACAUUUUAGAAGUAGGGCUCAGCACGAUUUAAAUUCAAAGGUAAUUUCCGAUUGAGAACGUUUACCGUGAAGGCAGCGUUUACCGUGAAUGCAGCGUUUACCGUGAAUGCAGCGUUUACCGUGAAUGCAGCGUUUACCGUGAAGGCAGCGUUUACCGUGAAGGCAGCGUUUACCGUGAAGGCAGCGUUUACCGUGAAGACAGUCUUCAGGAACGCGGGAACAUUGCCUUUAAAUUUCUAUUAUUACGCUGUAGCGUAGGUCUUCAUGAAUCGAGCCUUUAAUAUUUGAUUAAUAAUUUUCUUGUUAAGGAUUCCAAAUGAGUUUCUUUAUUAUUAAGUUUGCUGUUGCUUGUCACUACAAUGACAUAUCACUCAUAAUGGAAUACCAGAGUAUUCUAGAACAAUUCCAGUGUUUUCUAGAAGAAAAAGAAAAAGAAGAAGAAAAAACAUAGGAUUCUAGAAGAUCUCAACGGAACUCAACCAAAACAAUGGAAUUGCCAUGGAAAUGCUUGGGGGAAACGGCCAUGGGGGAAAGAUCCCGAAUCUCUUCAUUUCCCCCCAGCAAAAUUAGUUUACAUUUAGGCUAUUGUUAAUAUUUGCAUUUCACACUAUGUUGAGGUAAAAAUCAGAGAAUAAUGCUUGUAUGGAUGUCAACCCCAACACGUCAUCAUUACCAAUCAACUGCAUUACAGUUAAAAAACUUCCACCACCAAUUUCUGUAUGCUAAUGAUGCUAACCAGUUAUACGAAUGGGAGUUCGUUUAGCAGUCAUUUAGCAGUCAUUUCUUAAAUCUGAAAAGGGACAACUUCUACAUGUCAUGCAGCGAAAACAGCCAAAUAUAUCCAAAUCGGACUUAAGUAACCACAUUGUGGGCCUCUUACAAUACAUAAAUCAUGACGGAUUUGAUGAAUAUCCACUCUGUUACAUCAGAUUUGUUGAAUGUGAGCCAAUCUGGUCAACGGAACAUAUGUGUUCCAUUGACUCCUUUACCGCAUCUGUCUGUUAGGAUCCAACAAACAGGGUUCUGUUAGAAUCAUAUUUAGAGUUCCAAAAUUACGGGAAGUUCCCUAAAAAAUCAACACAGGUUUUCCAGAAAUCCUGGUUGUAAGAUUCCCGGAAUCAGGAGUGAAUAUGCAGGAAAUCCUAGAAUUUUAUAACUUGGAUUUCUGGAAAGUCUGCAUGGAAAUAUGGGAAAAUUAAAAGCACUUUUCAAACCUGUAUCCAUACCAUGUGGCGGCGGGUAGCCUAGUGGUUAGAGCGUUGGACAAGUAACCGAAAGGUUGCAAGAUUGAAUCCCUGAGCUGACAAGGUAAAAAUCUGUCAUUCUGCCCUGAACAAGGCAGUUCCUAGGCCGUCAUUGAAAAUAAGAAUUUGUUCUUAAC